UUGUUUCAUUUAGCAGAUGCUGUCCUGCAGGAGGUAUUAGAUGAACAUAAGAUCAGUCUGAGGAGGAGAUGUGAACGUGUGACUGAAGGAACUGAUGAAACAGGAAGUAGAACCCUCCUCAACAGAAUCUACACUGAGCUCUACAUCACAGAGGGACAGAGUGAAGAGGUUCAUACCCAACAUGAGGUGAGGCAGCUGGAGACAGCUUCCAAGAUCCUUUAUGACACUCCAAUCAGGUGCCAGGACAUCUUUAAAGCCUUACCUGAACAACAGAGACCCAUCAGAGUGGUUCUGACGAAUGGCGUUGCUGGUGUUGGAAAGACUUUCUUAGUACAGAAGUUCGCUCUGGACUGGGCAAAAGGUUUGGAGAACCAAGACAUCAGUGUGGUGAUUCUGCUUUCAUUCAGGGAGCUGAACCUGAUCAGAGAUGAGCAGUACAGUCUUCUGGAGCUGCUCCAUGUUUUCCAUCCAGCAUUGCAGAAGGUCAAAGCAGAGAAGCUCGCUGUCUGUAAACUUUUGCUCAUCUUUGACGGCCUGGAUGAAAGCAGACUUUCAUUGGAUUUCACCAACAGGAAGCUCAUGUCUGAUAUCACACAGAAGUCAUCAGUUAUUGGGCUGCUGACAAACCUUUUCAAGAGGAAUCUGCUUCCCUCCGCUCUCAUCUGGAUAACUUCCCGACCUGCAGCAUCCAAUCAGAUCCCUCCCAUAUAUGUUGACAGGGUAACAGAAGUACAAGGCUUCACUGACGCCCAGAAGGAGGAGUACUUCAGGAGGAGAUUCAGUGAUGAAGAGCUGUCCAGCGGAAUCAUCUCACAUAUGAGGGCAUCCAGGAGCGUCCACAUCAUGUGUAGAAUCCCAGUUUUCUGCUGGAUCACUGCUACAGUUCUGGAGCACAUGACCACAGAGCAGAGAGGAGAGCUGCCCAAGACCCUGACUGACAUGUACUCACACUUCCUGCUGGUUCAGACAAAGAGGAAGAAGAACAAGUACCUCGAGGGACAUGAGACGAGUCCACAGGAGCUGAUGCAGGCUGACAGGGAAGUUCUCCUGAAGUUGGGGAGGCUGGCCUUUGAACAUCUGGAGAAAGGAAACAUCCUGUUCUACCAAGAAGACCUGGAACUGUGCGGUCUGGAUGUCACAGAGACCUUAGUGUACUCAGGUGUUUGUACAGAGAUCUUCAAAAGAGAGUGUGUGAUCUUCCAGAAACCAGUCUACUCCUUUGUUCAUCUGAGCAUUCAGGAGUUUCUGGCUGCUGUCUACAUGUUCCACUGUCACACUGAAAGGAAGACACAGGUGGUGGAGGACUUCCUGUUAAAUAUUUUUCCUCAUUUAUUUGGUGAUGAUUAUAAUGAUGAUGACAUGAAAAGCUCCUCUUUGGAUGUGUUUCUCUGGAGAAUCAUGGAAAAAUCCCUCCAAAGUAAAAAUGGCCACCUUGACCUCUUUGUUCGUUUCCUUCAUGGCCUCUCUCUGGAGUCCAUCCAGACACUGCUACGAGGCCUCUUGGGUCAGACAGAGAACAAACCAGAAAUCAUCCAGAGAGUCAUCAAGAACCUCAAAAAAAUGAAUAGUUAUGAAAUCUCUCCUGACAGGAGCAUAAACAUUUUCCACUGUCUGCUGGAGAUGAAUGACCUCUCAGUGCAUCAGGAGAUCCAAGAGUACCUGAAGUCAGAAAACAGAUCAAAGCAGAAACUCUCUGAGAUCCACUGCUCAGGCCUGGCCUACAUGCUGGAGAUGUCCGAAGGGGUUCUGGAUGAGUUGGACCUUGGGAAAUACAACACAUCACCCGAGGGACAGCGGAGAUUGAUUCCAGCUGUGAGGAAUUGCAGAAAGUUUCGACUUUCUAACUGUUGGCUCUCAGCAACUCACUAUGAAAUUGUGGCCUCAGCUCUGAAGUCCAGCCCUUCCCAUCUGACAGACCUGGAUCUGAGUGGAAACCACCUGAAGGAUUCAGCAUUGAAGCAGCUAUGUGCUGCUCUGGAGAGUUCAAACUGUAGACUGCAGACUCUAAGAUUGAAAAACUGCAGGUUGUCAGAGAUCAGCUGUGCUGCUCUAGUCUCUGCUUUGAAGUCCAACCACUCUCACUUGAAACAUCUAGACCUGAGUGACAACAAUCUGCAGGAUUCAGGGAUCAUACAGCUCUGUGGUUUUCUGGAGAGUCCAAAGUGUACACUUGAGACUCUGAUAUUGGAGAGCUGUAAUUUGUCAAAUAUCAGCUGUGCUACUCUGGUCUCUGCUCUGAAGGCCAACCCUUCUCACCUGACACAUCUAGACCUGAGUAAAAACAACCUGCAUGAUUCAGAUGAGAAGCAGCUGUCUGAUCUCGUGAAACUACAGUUUGUUAAGACCAACUGACGAUGUGGAUUGAAAAGGAGGACAGAGCAGAAUCUCCAGGAUUCAGUCUGUCUAGGAACUCUAAAAAUCUUCCUCCACACUUCAGGAAUGAACACAAACCCUCAGACACAAAGAGGUGAAGACGACUGUGAGAAUCUGUAAAGUUAACAGUAGGGUGGGGGAACCCUACAUUCAGGAGUGGUGUCGGGAAAUGACUCACUUACAAAUAAGUCAUGUAAUAGUUUCUUUUCUAAGCUCCAGAAUAUUUUCUCUAUUAACGACUCUUUGUUUAGUUUUCCAGUUACAGUAGAUAGAUCUUGUCACGCCCCAGUCUAGGGGUACAGGAACGCAACAUAAGAGUUGAAAAGAUUGACCCCGCCCUGGUCCCCAAAACCAUACACAGAGGGAAAACCAAUUUCUUAGUGAACGGUAGUUUAUUUGUCUACACUGAAAAAUGAAGCUCCGGGGUGAACAAAGGCCAAAAUAACAAACAAAACAAGCUAAGUCAGGAGGAGGUGCUUAUAUAGUUCUAUAUUGU